AUUCUUGGUUUAUAUUGGCAUAAAAAUCACGUGUUUUCCUUGUCGGAACUGAAUUAACAAACAUUUUCACAUUUAGGCUUGUUGCUUGUGUGUCUGGACAGAAAUACCCUGGUGUUUGGUGCAUUGUAUUUUGAGGAUUUGAAACCAGUUUAACAGGCUUAUGCCUUAAUGAGAUGCAAUUCAUGGGGAAUGUCUGAAAUCCUGAAUUGAUCAACAUUUUGAUCCAUUCAGCCUCUGAGUUCUGACCACACUCACCACAGUACACCGGCCGGCAUAUUACUUUGAUCAUUUGCAAUACGAUUCAUUUACAAUCGUUAUUUUGGCUCCUGACGCUCGAUUUCCUGUAGUUUAAUAGACCGUGUUAGCACAGCAACAUCGAACUAUGGUGAAAUCUCAAGUCGAAACCGUCUUAGGCGCUGUAGACGCCGAGGACUUAGGUAUAACUUUGCCACACGAGCAUGUAGUUAUGGAUGUGAGUUACUACACAACACCACCGACCAACGACGAGGAGAGAGAGAAAUACCACGCUCCCAUCACGAUGGAAAAUCUCAACUGGCUUCGACAUAACUUGUACAAGAGUAAAGUGAAUGUGAGCAUUUACAACGAAGAGGAAGCAGUGAUCGCCGACCUAAAGGCUUACAAGCAAAAUGGUGGAGCGACAGUUGUCGAAAAUACUGUCGUCGGAAUUAAUCGAGAUGUCCAAAAAAUGGUGAACAUAUCGAGGGCUUCUGGCGUGCACUUGGUCUGUGGUACCGGGUAUUUUGUUGAUGCGGUUAUUCCGGGGGACGUGAAGUCAAAUUCUGUUGAAAAGAUCACAGAGACCCUGAUAUCGGAGAUCAACGAGGGCAUUAAACUCAAGGACUGCGUAGUCAAAACAGGAAUUAUUGGCGAGGUUGGAACUUCCUGGCCAAUUACCGACUUCGAGAAACGAAGCCUUCGCGCCACUGCUAUUGCGCAAGUUCAGACCCAGACCCCCGUGAUGUUACACCCCGCAGAAGACCCAAAGGCGCCAUUCGAAGUGCUGCGACUUUUCCAAGAGGCAGGGGGGGACGCAAAACGGACGGUCAUGGCACACAUGGAUUACGUUUUCCCGAAAGACGAGCAGGUACUCGCGUUUGCUGACGAAGGAGCUUUCAUCGAAUACGAUUUCUUUGGCUCAGAGAUUUCAUACCUUGUCCCCUAUAUGUCAGACCUUCAACGUAUAGAGAAGAUCAUAAAGUUGAUCGACCAGGGUCAUGCUGACAAAAUAUUGAUAUCCCAUGACAUACACGCGUGUCAUAAUCUCACGAAGUUUGGCGGGAUUGGAUUCUCCCAUAUCUUAGAUUACUCCGUGCCAAGAAUGCUGCAGUUGGGUGUGACUCAAGCCAAUAUUGAUAAAAUGAUAGUGGGAAAUCCGAAGGCCUGGUUGACGUACUAUUGAUUGAUUGAGACAAUCGAUAGGAAAUAAUUAAGAAAAUUACGUGACACAGAAUAAUCAUGGUAUACUAAAUCAUGCAUUUUAUUCGAUGAUUUAUUAAAAUGUAGCUCUACGGGAACAUUUAUUUAAAGACUAGGCAAUUUAUUUCUAUUUUUUUUUCUUGUAAUCAAAUUGCAAAUAUACUCGUAAUUAAUUUUCAUUGAAUUAAUAGCCCUGAUUCGUAGGGGGAGAAGAAAAGACGAAGCAGGCGGAUCUGGGUGAAAUCUCAUGCUUGAGACGAUGUUCAAAAAAAAAUUGAGGUUUUGUUGAAUGGGUAAUGAAUAAGACAACUGGCCUUGUUAAUUCAAUUAAAAAUCAAUCAAAUAAAAACU